UAUUUUCUUUCUCUUCAGAGGCGCGUUUUCUGUGGUUCGUCGUUGCGUUCACAAAGCGACCGGGAUCGAAUUCGCGGCGAAAAUCAUCAACACGAAAAAAUUGUCGGCCAGAGACUUUCAAAAACUCGAACGUGAAGCCAGAAUAUGCCGAAAGUUACAGCAUCCAAAUAUAGGUAAGUUGUACGUACUGUAA